AUGGAGUCCACUCUGGCUCUCACUCGUCGUCUGUACUCAGAUGCUCCUCCGGCCCAGUCCAGGAGAGAGACGAACCCGACGCUGCUGGUGAGCUGGUGGGCGACUGGUUUCUCCCUCACGAUCAUUCUCAUCCGGGUUUGUGGUCGAUAUAUCCGCACGGAGAGACUAUUUCCAGAAGAUCGAAUUAUGGCCUUGAGUAUUAUACCGCUGCUUAUUCGCAUGGGCUUUGUCCAUAUGGUUUUGCUUUGGGGAACAAAUAAUGCCGUAACCACGGGUUUUUCUGCUCAGGAUGUAUCGCACCGGGAGCUUGGGAGUAGGAUGGUUCUGGGAGCCCGCAUAUUCUAUGCUCUAUUCAUUUGGACGGCCAAGUUCUCGGUUACGGCGUUUCUCAAACGCCUGACAGACCAGAUAUGGCGGCGUUCCUUUCAGCAUGUCCUACUAGCCAUCCGCUAUUUCUUGCUCGUCACAUUCAUCGCGGUUGUCCUUGCAACGCUGACUGAAUGUCAGCCAUUCGACCAUUAUUGGCAAGUUAUUCCAGAUCCUGGCCCCAAGUGCCGUCAGGGCUAUGCGCAGCUGAUCACCAUGGGAACCUGUGAUGUUAUAACUGAUCUCCUGCUCAUCGGAUUUCCCAUACCCAUCAUUUUUCUUUCAGCCAUGCCCACCAAGCGAAAAGUGUCGCUGAUUCUUCUAUUCGGGUUAUCUUCGGUUCUGAUUGCGAUUACCUGCUACCGUGUACCAUCCGUAAUUUCACGACAGGGUUCGCAACAAUAUCGUUCUUUGCUUGCAUCCCUCGAAAUUCUCGCAGCGGCCGCGGUUUCCAAUGCUAUCGUCAUUGGCUCCUUUGUUCGAGACAGAGGACUCAAAAAGCAUAAAUUCAAGGCCGGCUCCUUGAGCGAGAGUGUCGAGCAGGCAUCUUCACGACGAGCAACUAUAACCCACCACCACUGGGGUAGCGACGCCGACCUUGUCGGAGAUCUCGGCAUCCGCUUGGACCCAGAGCUGCGUUCCCCAAGCUACCAAAAGAUCCGACCGGCUCCCGUAGCCAUUCCGUCUGCCUGUUUGGCAAAGCGCGGGUCGAUUGAUCCGAACUGGCAAUUUUCAUAUUCUCAAGCUCAUGCCGAUGACGAUCGUACGUCUACAACUGAUAGCAUGGGUGGUCUGAAGGUAUAUCCUCACGAGUAUAUAGAAACCAACGCCCACCCUUCCCCCAAGGACACGACCAUGCCUCCCGCCUACAUGUCACUGUCCAAAGUCUCCCUAAACGAUGUCGGUGGUCUUCUCGAUCCUCCCACCCCACCAGGGAUGAGCGGUGCCCACGCUUCGCCACAACAGCUACAACCCGACGCCCAGGAUUCACGACUGCCUCGCAGUCGGUCUCUUUUAAACGCCGUAAGCGGUCUACUAUCCCCCGCCCCUACCUACUCCGGAUCUUCAGAAUCCUCGCUCCAGCGCCCGUCGCCUCCCAGUGUCCGAAAUUUUUCUCGCCCAACCACGGCAAAUGGCACACCUAACGGUGCACGAGUCAAUAGCCCAUCAAAUUCACCACGAUCUGGCUCUCCAGGCACUCCGCCACGGAAUAGACGUGCACAACUCACCCCAUCCCGUGCUGGUCCCCUGCCAGAGCUCCAAGAUCUGGGCGGACUCCUUAAGCAAAACGACGACGUUGAACGUAAGCCGCGUGGCUAA